CUUCCAUAUAGAACAGAACGAAACGUAUUGGCAUUCACUCUACGGACGCUGCACCUGCGAUUUGAUAACCUGCAGAUAAGUACUCUGUUCUCUAGGUGAUCUUACGAUGUGGAGCCGGACUUCUGGGAGCGAUGUGGAAUCUGGCGAGAAGCCGCUGCUUUCGAACAUGAUACUGGAGGGCUCCGAGAUUCGGUGGGCGUUCAUUCGCAAAGUCUACUCGAUCGUCUUGUUCCAGUUGCUCGCAACUGCUGCAGUCAGUGCUGUUGUGGUGUUCGUGCGACCUGUCUCGGCCUUCUUUGUUGGUACGACUGCUGGCUUGGCAGUCUAUGUUGCCCUCAUUGCCUCAGUUUUCCUCGUGUUGUUCCCGAUGUAUUAUUUCCGCAAACGGCACCCCAUCAACUACCUUCUGCUCGGGAUAUUCACGAUCUGUUUGUCCUUCUCGAUUGGGCUGACAUGUGCAUUCACCAGUGGGAGAAUUAUUUUGGAAGCUGUAAUCUUGACGGCCCUGGUUGUCCUCAGCCUCACUCUUUACACAUUCUGGGCUGCGAAGAGAGGCCACGAUUUCAGCUUCCUCGGACCCUUCUUGUCCAGCGCACUCACCGUGCUUAUCAUCUUCGGUAUUAUCCAGAUUUUCUUCCCCUUCGAUAAGAUCAGCGUAAUGAUUUACGGGUUCUUGUCAGCAAUCGUGUUCUGUGGUUACAUCGUGUUCGACACAGACAACCUUAUCAAGCGCUACUCAUAUGAUGAGUACAUCUGGGCCUCUGUGUCUCUGUAUCUCGACAUCGUCAACCUCUUCCUCUCUUUCAUCUCCAUUUUCGGCGCUUCAGAGAGAUGAGCAAUGCUAGUUGCCCCUCGUUAUCUGUACACUCCGAUUCAAAUCACUGGUCUCUAUGUUCUGUUGUCGUUUUGUCUCCAAUGGAUUCUCAUUUCUUUGUUGCAACAAACAUUGGAUUACAUGAAAUCUCAAAUAAGACCACACACAUUGAAGAGA